CGAAACCCUACGCUUGUGUGUGUGCCGACCGGGAGUUUUCGCCGUCCGAUUCGGCGGUGUCUGUUCGUCGAUAGUGCGCCGGAGUCUGGUGUCCGUUAGCCCUCCUCCGUCGUUGUCUUGUUCGUUGUUCGUCGUCGUUGUCUUCUCGUCGCCGGCUCUUCCGAUCGCCGUCCGCCAGUAUGUCCGGUGAAGUCGUCGCCUCCAACCCUAAAAAGACUCUGCUCAUUCAUGAUCCUUCUUCCAUAUAUUACCUUCACCCCUCCGAAGGCCCGGGUAAUUCCUUGACAAAAUAUCUUCUUAAAAGUGACAAUUUUGAUGUAUGGGAGAAGGCGAUCCGUAAUGCUUUAGGUGGUCGUGGGAAAUCUGUUUUCUUGUCAUCCGGAGGUGUUCCUAAACCUACUGAUGAACAGGAAUUGUCUGCAUGGUGUGCUAAUCAUCAAAUUAUUUGUANUAUCCAGCCCAGUAUUGUUUCUCACUCAAUAGCUUAUGAAUUGUGGGAUGAUUUGAAGAAACGCUAUAGUUGUUCUAAUGGGCCUCGUGUGUACCAGUUAAAGUCAGAGUUAAAUUCUUUACGUCAGAAAGGUCAAAGUGUUGUUUCCUACUACAACCAAUUUAUUACUUUGUGGAAUCAAUUGUAUGGCUCCUCUGAUCUUACCGGGGGCUGCCGGUGUGAGGCCGCAGAGGUCAUUCGUACCCGUAUUGAUUGUGACAAAACCGUGGAUUUUUUGCUUGGAUUGGAUGAUGAGCAGUUUGGGAAUAUCGGUUCUCAGAUUAUAGGCACUGAACCGCUGCCCGAUCUCGAUCAUGUGUAUUUUUUGGUUACCCAGGAGGAGCGCCAUCGUCAUAUUGUUCGCACUAGGGACGAUCGCACGGACACCGUUGCUUUCGCUGCCCGAUCCGACAAACGCCCUCUUGUUCCAAACAGGUCUUGUUCGCAUUGUGGUCGCACUAAUCAUACCGUUGAUACAUGUUUUGAGCUCAUCGGUUUUCCAGCACAGUAUGCUCGUGGUGGAGGGCGGGGUCGCGGAAGUGGCCCCACAGGUCGAGGAGGAUCGGCGUCCGGAGGCCGUGGCUCUACUCGGCAUGGCAGCGCCUCUCACACCCCUGCCGGCAGUGGGCAGCCGGCUCAGGGCAGUAGCGGCGGUCCUCCUGCAGCUGUUCAUGCUUCAGUGUCUGACUCGAGUGGCCACCUCAGUGAUCAAAUGUCCCGCUUGAUGUCAAUGUUAGAGGCGUCCGCUUCUCACACAUACACCGGUAAUUCUUCUUCUGAUUGGUUAAUUGAUAGUGGCGCUUCGCAUCACAUGACAGGUUCUCUCACUCACUUAGUCCAUGUUGAGGAUGUUUCCCCUCAUUCUGUCUGUCUCCCUGAUGGGUCUCGUGUCCAGGACCGUUCGUCGAAGAUGGUGAUUAGACAGGGUGAUUUGCGAAAUGGUGUGUAUGUUUUUGCAUCUGUUCCUGUGUCAGCUCUCGUAGCCAAUCUUGAUCCUUUUGUUCUUCAUCAACGGCUAGGCCACCCUUCCGUUGACGUUCUUUCGUUUCUUGGUACCAAUAAAACACAGUCUGUUGUUCACAAAUUCCAAACUUUGGCUCGUGGUUGGACGAGACGUAACACCCCUGCUUCCGCCCAGACGAUGGAGAGGAGUGACCACCCUGAACAAGGCAUGAUCGUUCCUGUCAAUGGGCUGGAAACAGCAUUGAAUAAUGUGGCUAACAUGAUGGCCAACAUUAUGGAACGCUUGGAUCAGGCCCUCCCUAGCCCAUCCGGUACCCGGAAUGUCCCUGCCGGGCAGCCCCGCCAGACAGUUGAUAGCAAGGUUACGGACUGGGUAAAUCACAUUCCUGCCAGAUCGAUCCGAACUUGGGAUGAGUUGGGAUUGCGAUUCCUAGAGCAUUUUGCAGGGAAUUGCAAUCCCAAGAAGCAUUUCACUCACUUGGCUUUGGUGCGGCAGAAGCACGGAGAGUCUUUAAAGAAUUUCUUAGUCCGAUGGAGAAAAGAAUCCAUAGAGGUUGAAGGAACCGAUGAUAAAUCCAGGUUAGCCAUGUUCACGGCGGCUCUACAAGAUGGUCUCCUUCAUACUGAUCUUACAACUCAUCCCUCGGAUACCUUUGAAGAAGCAAUGGUCCGGGCCGGAAGGUAUGUGACCCUGGAGGAGAGGAAUGAGGAAAAGAAAGAGAAGACUCCCAAAGAAGAAAAGAAGGCGGGAAACAAGAAGCCUUUCAAGAAUAAGAAGGGAUCCCAAAGAGUGUCCCGGGCGUGGUAUUUGAAGGCAACUAAACAACCUAUCAAGUACGAUACCCAAGUGGGGGAGGUGACCGCACAGCUCUUAAGGGCUGAGGAGAGACGUCCCAGAGUGGAAGUUGCAGGCGACAUAGAGGAGGUUGAACUAGAGCCGGGCACGCCGGGAUGGUUGGUCAGAAUUGGAAAGGACCUGGGGGCUGAACUCAGGUCGCGAGUGAUCUCUGUUCUUAGAAGGUUCAGGAAGGUCUUUGCGUGGAGUCCGGCUGAUAUGCCGGGGCUGGAUCACAAGAUUGCAGUUCAUCGCUUCAAUGGCCCAUACUCAAUCUCCAGAAGGGCGAUAAUCCAGAGAUAUUUCUGGCCAACAAUGAGGAAGGAUUGUGAGGAGUAUGUGCGCAAGUGCCCAACUUGUCAGCAGUUCCAGAAUGUGCCCAGGAGACCAGCCACAAACUACACGCCCAUCAGCUCUGUAAUCCCUUUCUCCAGGUGGGGGAUCGAUAUCGUGGGAGCCCUGCCAAAAGGAAUUGAACAGGCAAGAUGGAUAGUGGUGGCCAUUGAUUAUUUUACCAAAUGGGUGGAGGCUGAGCCACUUGCCAGGAUCACAGAGAGGCAGAUGAUCGACUUUGUGGGAACCAAUAUACUUUGUAGGACAACUCCAAGAAGGGCUACGGGUGACACUCCUUUUGGCUUAGCCUAUGGUUUUGAAGCCCGGGCACCAGCUAAGACAGUGAUCCCAACCAGAAGAGAAAUGGAAUAUGACCCAGAAGUGAACGAACAAAAUCAGGCCAUAGAGCUGAACUUUGUAGAGGAACGAAGGGAUAAAGCGCGAAUCCGGGCAGAGAAUUAUUGUCGUCAGGUGAAAUCUUACUUUGACAGUAGGGUGAAACCGAGCGAGUUCCAGGUGGGGGAUUACGUCUUGAGGAAGCGAGAGAAGAGUCAACCAACUAAGGGUGGAAAGCUGGCCAAAAAGUAUGAAGGACCUUAUAUAUUCACGGCCGUGGUCCACCUAGGUACCUACGAAUUGGUGACUCCAAAGGGAAAAGAAAUUGAUAUGACGUGGAAUGUAGAGCACUUGGUCAAAUUGUGUCAGUAAAAUUGUUUUGUAAAGCAUCCUAUUUUGGUUUAAGGCAUUAAUUUUAAUGAAAAAUUUCUUUCCUCUAAGCCAAGUGUCUUUGCAAAUUCCAUUGUUCUGUAAAUUUCUUUAAAAAAAGGGGGAAGACCACCCCCGGGAGAAAUAAACCCACAUUACAAGGAGGUAGAUAAGUUUAUGCCAACUGCUAAAGAUAGGGGAGGUAGAUAAAUUUAUGCCCCCCCCCCCCCCCCGGAGGUAGAUAAGUUUAUGCCUCCGUCAAAUAUAAAGGAAGGGUUGGGAU